UUCGAAAAUGGUCAGUUCAGUUCAGCUGCUGCAGCCGCUUCAAAGCGCAGAAAAACAAACCUUAAAAGCACCGAAGGCAACUGAAGGAACGUUGGAGGAGCCAGUGAAGGUUGCCAUCAGGGUGCGACCACCAUUCCCAGAACAGAGUCGUGAAUUUUUGAGCCCUAUUGAGGUGGUGCCGGAAAGCGCACAACUCAUUGUGGCCGGUGAACAUGGUUUCACCUUUGAUUAUGUGUUUGACGCAAGCACCUCUCAAGAGGAGCUGUACACACGAUGUGUUGCAGACCUUAUUAGCAAGGUCACCACUGGGUACAACUGCUGUGUCCUGAUGUAUGGCCAGACGGGCUCUGGGAAGACCUACACUAUGGGCACUGAUUACAGUCGCAGCGAAGUGCCAGCGACCAAUGAGGGCAUCAUUCCAAGGGCUCUGCGGGACCUGUUUGACUGUCUGACAAGACUGCAGGAUGGUUGCUGGACGACAAAAGUCUCCUUCCUGGAGAUUUACAAUGAAAACGUCUUUGACCUGCUGGCAAAUCCAAAGGAGCGGGAGGCUAUCCCCAUCCGGGAAGUCGGCAAAGUCAUUGUGCUGAAAGGCCUGGUGCAGCAGGCUGUGGGCAGUCCCGAGGAGGCCCUGAGGUGUUUGGAGCAAGGCUGCCGCAACAGGAGCACAGGUGCCACUCUGCUCAACAGCUGCUCAAGCCGCUCGCAUGCAAUCUUCACCAUUCACCUGCAGGGACAGGUAGAAGGGGCAAUGUACACGUCAAAGCUCCAGCUCGUUGACUUGGCUGGCUCAGAGGGCAUCGGAAGGACACUCAGCGUUGGUUUGUCUCUCCUUUCAGGUGUCUCUAUCAACCUUGGCCUUCUCGCUCUGGGUAAUGUCAUCAACUCGCUGUGCUCGCACAAUGGGAAGCCGCAAUUCAUUUCAUACAGGGACUCCUCGCUGACACGGCUCUUGAGAGAUUCUCUGAACGGUGGAAGUUUCACGGUGAUGAUUGCCUGCAUUAGUCCGGCUAUCUGCGACAUCCCGGAAACAAACAACACCCUACGCUAUGCUGACAGGGCUCGGCAGAUCAAGACAAAGCCUGUAAUUAAGAGGGCCUACUCAGAGAGCACCCCAUAUCGCCGGCACCUAGAUUUUCCACCGCCUUCUGCACCUCCCCUCCGGCAGGCAACAUUUCAUACGCCUAUGCGUACCAAGGUACCUGGAAGCUCCACUAAACGACAACCUAACAUGUCAGCUGCGAUGCUAGAGAGCACACGAAUAGAGGACGACAGCAUGGUUUCGUCUGACACCUACUUCGCAACGGUAAAAAACUUGUCACCUGUGCCCGAGCGUCCAACUCUACCGUUGACGCCACUCGUGGAAAGGCUCUGCCAACGGCUUGAGCCAUCGUUGCGCCAGGACAUCCAGAAGAAGAUGGACACCCUCAUGGCUCAGUCGAUCCUGGAGACCACGUCCGCCACUGUGAGGGAUCGCACACUGACCGUGGAGCAGCAGGCACUGGUGGACACACUGGACACCACACUGCAGGAGCGGAAGCGCAAGACUAUGGACCACACGCCCUUGCAAGACACAACAAACACACCGACAACUGUGAAAAAAAGGAGGCCUUCUGGGUCUGGCUCGAAAGCCCGAAGAGGCUCAUGGAAAUCGUCUCCUGAUCUGCAAAAAGCAAAUCCUGGGAACAGCUCUCAUUUGCAGAAGGAAAAUGAUUCCACGCAUCUAGGGGCACCUCUAGACUAUGUGGUGGGAGAAAUUGCUGUCCCUAUGCCAGAUGCUCAAGAACAGGCGUCCCCCGUGGCCACUGAAGCUGUGGCGCCGCACAAGAGAAAGUCCGUCUUCGUGGCACCUAAGACACCACAGUCCUGCAUUGCCUCUCGCACACGACGUAGGACAACUGUGUUCUACCAGAGACCUGCAGAAAUACUGACGCCUGCACCAAAAGUGGCCCCCAGGAAGAGCACUUGCCGUAAAUGUCACAAGAAGCCAACAGCACCAGUACCAAUAUCUACUCCCAGGAGUGCACAAGCUGCUCACAACAAGACUGUGCUGAAGCUCCUCAACUCAGCUUCCGAGAAGAGCCUCCAGUUGCUGGCAAAAGUUGGCCCCAAAAGGGCACGAAUGCUGUGCUUGCACAGGAGCCUGCGUGGUCCAUUUGAGACCUUUGAGGACCUGCGAAAGGUUGAGGGCCUUGGAGGAGAGAAUUUUUUCAGAGCUUUUAUGUCGGCCAACAUCUUGACGUAAUCGGGAAGCCUUCAUGAGCGUUUUCUUUAUAUAUAAAUAUGUUUUAGUGUGUUUUGUUUUAUCAUGUUUUUGAAACUGCUAUCUUGAUAUUUUAGCUAUACAUGCACAUAAUCAGCAGACAGGAAAGGAUAA